AUGGAUGCUACCGUCCGCGUCUGGAAAACCUUUGCUGGAGACAAGGACAAAUGCCAACGCGUGCUGACUCACCAUUCACUCGGUGUGAAGAGCGCAAAGUGGUCUUUGGAUGGUAGACACAUACUUACGGGUGGGUAUGAUGGAUGGUGCUGCUAUAUAGACGCUGAAACGGGUCAAACCCAGACCGUGUUACGACGACCUGAUGUCGGUACAGUUUCCACCAGCAUCGAGCGCAUAACUACAGUCCACUUCCACCCAACAGAACCGAAUUCGCUACUGCUUGGUACCGAUACGGGUCGUAUCUACUCUCACGACCUUCGUGAAAAGACCCCACAGUACCCCGUGGCUACAUUUACAAAAUCUUUUGGUGACGUUCACGAUCUUCUUUUUCUCGGUGACGAUGGCCAGUGUUUUGUAUCAAGUGCUGGCGUUACGCGGCGUGAUGCCAGCAACCAGACUCUGCUAGUAUGGGAUUUACGCUCUGCCACAUUGCUGUAUGAUCGCCUGGACGAUAACAUGUUAGCUCAUACGUGCUUACGAGCACAUCCCAACAAACACUACUUCGUAGCGCAGUGCGUUGGCAACUACGCGUCUCUCUAUUCGACUCGCGCACCAUACAAACGUGUAAAAGGUCGCAGCAUUAGCGGACAUCGUCCUCCACUUCAAUUCUCUGGAGGUCAUGAAGUUGAAGGCUACAAGAUCCAAUGUAGCUUUUCUAGUGAUGGUUCGCUAUGGGCAUCAGGAGAUGCUACCGGACGCGUUGUGAUCUAUCGUACUGCAGACAAACGUGGUGUAUUGGAAAGCUACCAGCUCUAUGGAAAAAGCACGAGCUGCCUUUGUGCGGAUAGUGCUGGUGACAUUGAUCUGUUUCAGUAA